CCGAGACUCCCGGCGCGGCCGACCCGGCGCGGGAGCCCGAGAACUUUCUCCUGGCGCCGCGGGCCCGGCCGGCGCGGGCGGGAUGCGCGGCCCCGGGGCCCCGGGGCGCAGGCGCGCGGCCCAGUAGCCCUGCCUCUGGCCCUGCUGACCAUGGACGGGACGGCCAGCGUGACCCCUGCCGGCCGCCCCCACUGCCCCUCCUCCAUCCCUGUGCCUCGAGCUGCUUCCCAGACCAGGAUCCACACACCGGCCGCCUCCCCCCGGCUGCGGCCGCGCCGGGCCGGCCUGGCCCUGAGCCCCCAGCGGGCGGCCUCCCCAAGACUGGGCAAGGCAGGGGGCGCUUCCAGAGGCUCGUCCCCUAAGGCCUCUCGGGGGAGAGGCUCCCCCAAGGCUUCCGGGGCAGCGAGGGAGUCGGCCGAGGGUGCUGAAGGCCUCGGGGAGUCCCCCUGGAGCAGUCCCAGGGCGACCCCCAAAGCAGCCAUCUCCAGCCGGGCUGGGUCCAGGAGCGCUGGGGAGACGCCGGGCACCCAGGCCAGGAAGAAGGGGGCCCAGGAAGAAAUUCCCACCCCCCAGGCCCGGGGCAGGAGCCCCUCCCGGACCCAUUCUCGUGGAGAAACUCAAAUACCGGGGGCUCCUGAAGCUCGAAGGCCGUCUAACCACCCAGGAAAAGAUCAAAGAGACAUAACCUACAAAAGUUCCGGGGCCCCCAGGUCUCUGGAGCCUGAUGCCUGGGCAGCGUCAGGGCCACGCUCCCCGGUCCGCAGCCCCGGGCAGAGCCCACGCCCGCCCCCUGCCCCGGGGGCCAUCAGCUUCUCCUCCAUCCAUCAGCAGAGUCAGCCUGUCACAGCCACCGUGGCCCCCUUCCGGUACAGGGCCCAGGCCGACCCGGAACCGGGCCCCCUCCGCCAGGGCAGCUGGGCUCCUGAUGGCUACUCCGGCCCCCCCGGCGGGACUGAGGAGAGCCUCUCGUGCGUGGACGCGCGGAUCUUCCAUGCGCUCCUCGCGGGCAGGAUGCUGGGCGGCGGCGUCCGGGGCGCGCAGCCCGAGGUGCAGCUGAGCGGCGGCGGCGACGAGGGCGCGGACGAGCCUCGGGGCUCGGGCAGGAAGGCGGCGGACGGCAGAGGCAUGCUGCCCAAGCGCGCCAAGGCGCCCGGCGGCGGCGGCGGCGGCGGCGUGGCCAAGGCCGGCGCGGCGGAGCUCAAGGUCUUCAAGUCCGGCAGCGUGGACGGCCGGGGCCCCGGCGGGCCGCCCGCCUCCAACCUGCGCAAGCAGAAGUCGCUCACCAACCUCUCGUUCCUCACGGACUCCGAGAAGAAGAUGCAGCUGUACGAGCCCGAGUGGAGCGACGACAUGGCCAAGGCGCCCAGGGGCUCGGGCAAGGCGGGCCCCAGAGGCCGCGAGGCUCCGCUGAUGUCCAAGACGCUGUCCAAGUCCGAGCACUCGCUCUUCCAGGCCAAGGGCGGCCCGGCGGGCGGCGCCAAGACCCCCCUGGCUCCGCUCGCGCCCAGCCUGGGGAAGCCGAGCCGGAUCCCGCGCGGCCCCUACGCCGAGGUCAAGCCGCUCAGCAAGGCUCCCGAGGCGGCCGUGAGCGACGACGGCAAGUCGGACGACGAGCUGCUCUCCAGCAAGGCCAAGGCGCAGAAGGGCUCCGGGCCCGUGCCCCCCGCCAAGGGCCAGGAGGAGCGCGCCUUCCUCAAGGUGGACCCCGAGCUCGUGGUGACCGUGCUGGGAGACCUGGAGCAGCUGCUCUUCAGCCAGGUGCUGGACCCGGAGUCCCAGAGAAAGAGGACGGUGCAGAAUGUCCUGGAUCUGCGGCAGAACCUGGAGGAGACCAUGUCUAGCCUGCGCGGGUCCCAGGUGACACACAGCUCCCUGGAGAUGACCUGCUACGACAGCGACGACGCCAACCCCCGCAGCGUGUCCAGCCUGUCCAACCGCUCGUCGCCGCUCUCCUGGCGCUACGGCCAGUCCAGCCCGCGGCUGCAGGCCGGGGACGCGCCGUCGGUGGGCGGCAGCUGCCGCUCGGAGGGCGCGCCCGCCUGGUACACGCACGGGGAGCGCGCGCACUACGCGCACACCAUGCCCAUGCGCUCCCCCAGCAAGCUCGGCCACAUCUCGCGCCUGGAGCUGGUCGAGUCCCUGGACUCGGACGACGUGGACCUCAAGUCCGGCUACGUGAGCGACAGCGACCUCAUGGGCAAGACCAUGACGGAGGACGACGACAUCACCACCGGCUGGGAUGAGAGCAGCUCCAUCAGCAGCGGGCUCAGCGAUGCCUCCGACAACCUCAGCUCGGAAGAGUUCAACGCCAGCUCCUCGCUCAACUCCCUGCCGACCACGCCCACGGCCUCCCGCCGGAGCUCCGCUAUCGUGCUGCGCACAGACUCCGAGAAGCGCUCACUGGCAGAGAGCGGGCUGAGCUGGUUCAGUGAGUCAGAGGAGCAGGCCCCCAAGAAGCUGGAGUACGACAGCGGCAGCCUGAAGAUGGAGCCCGGGGCGUCCAAGUGGCGGCGAGAGCGGCCCGAGAGCUGCGGCGACCCGUCCAAGGUCGGUGAACUGAAGAAGCCCGUCACACUGGGGCACCCUGGGUCCCUGAAGAAGGGCAAGACGCCGCCGGUGGCCGUCACCUCCCCCAUCACGCACACGGCGCAGAGCGCCCUCAAGGUUGCAGGCAAACCCGAGGGCAAGGCCGCCGACAAGGGCAAGCUGGCGGUGAAGGGCGCGGGCCUGCAGCGCUCCUCCUCAGACGCCGGCCGUGACCGCCUGGGUGACGCCAAGAAGCCUCCCUCGGGCAUCGCGCGCCCGUCCACGUCGGGGUCCUUCGGUUACAAGAAGCCCCCUCCUGCCACGGGCACGGCCACCGUCGUGCAGACCGGGGGCUCAGCCACGCUCGGCAAGGUCCAGAAGUCCUCGGGCAUCCCUGUGAAGCCAGCGAACGGACGCAAGACCAGCCUGGACGUGUCCAACAGCGUGGAGCCCGGCUUCCUGGCUCCGGGCGCCCGUUCCAACAUCCAGUACCGCAGCCUGCCCCGGCCGGCCAAGUCCAGCUCCAUGAGCGUGACCGGCGGGCGGGCCGGCCCCCGGCCCGUGAGCAGCAGUGUCGACCCCAGCCUCCUCAGCGCCAGGCAGGGCAGCCUCACCCCCUCCCGGCUGAAGGAGCCCUCCAGAGUGGCCGGCGGGCGGGCCGCCCCGGCCCCUGUCAACCAGACAGACCGGGAGAAGGAGAAGGCCAAGGCCAAGGCUGUGGCCCUGGACCCAGACAGCAUCUCCCUGAAGAGCAUCGGCUCCCCGGAGACCACACCCAAAAGCCAAGCGGGCCAGCCCCCGGCCCCCAAGUUGGCAGAGCUGCCCCCUACUCCCCUCAGGACCACGGCUAAGAGCUUUGCGAAGCCACCCUCCCUCGCCAACCUGGACAAGGUCAACUCCAACAGCCUGGAUCUCCCAGCGUCCAGUGACGCCCACGUGCCGAAGGUCCCAGACCUGCACGCCCCCGGCCCGGCCGCCGGGGGCCCCCUCCCAUCCUGCUUCACCCCCAGCCCAGCCCCCACCCUCAACAUCAACUCCGCCAGCUUCUCCCAGGGCCUGGAGCUCAUGAGCAGUUUCAGCAUCCCCAAAGAGCCCCGCAUGUACCCCAAGCUCUCAGGCCUGCACAGGAGCAUGGAGUCCCUCCAGAUGCCUAUGAGCCUGCCCGGCACCUUCCCCAGCAGCGCCCCCGUCCCUGUGGCCCCCACGCCUCCCGCCGCGCCCGCAGAGGAGGACGCCGAAGCGCUGACCUGGAGCGGGAGCCCCAGAGCCGGAGCGCCGGACAGUAAUCAGCGGGCUCGGAACACCCUCCCCAAGAAGGGGCUCAGGUACCAGCUGCAGUCCCAGGAGGAGGCCAGGGAGAGGCGACACUCCCACACGGCCGGCGGGCCGCCCGAGUCCGACGACCAGUCCGAGCUGUCCGUGCCCCUGGGCGCCAAGGGCCAGCUCACCAGCGCAGUGAGUCCCACUGCGGCCACCACGCCAAGAAUCACCCGCUCCAGCAGCAUCCCCACCCAUGAGGCGGCCUUCGAGCUGUACAGCGGCUCCCAAACGGGGAGCACCCUGUCCCUGGCCGAGAGACCCAAGGGGAUGAUCCGGUCAGGAUCCUUCCGAGACCCCGCGGACGACGUUCACGGCUCGGCGCUGUCCUUGGCCUCCAGUGCCUCCUCCACCUACUCCUCAGCUGAGGAGAGGAUGCAGUCUGAGCAAAUCCGGAAGCUCCGCAGGGAGCUGGAGUCAUCCCAGGAGAAAGUAGCCACCUUGACGUCUCAGCUGUCCGCCAACGCCAACCUGGUGGCGGCCUUCGAGCAGAGCCUGGUGAGCAUGACGUGCCGUCUGCGGCACCUGGCGGAGACGGCGGAGGAGAAGGACACGGAGCUGCUGGACUUGCGGGAAACCAUAGACUUUCUGAAGAAGAAGAACUCUGAGGCCCAGGCCGUCAUUCAGGGAGCCCUCAGUGCCUCGGAAGCCACACCCAAAGAGCUCCGCAUCAAGAGGCAGAACUCCUCCGACAGCAUCUCCAGCCUCAACAGCAUCACCAGUCACUGCAGCAGCGGCAGCGGCAAGGAGGCCGAGGCCAAAAAGAAGAAGAAGAAGAGCUGGCUCCGAAGUUCCUUCAACAAAGCCUUCAGUAUAAAGAAGGGGCCCAAGUCCGCGUCCUCCUACUCUGACAUCGAGGAGAUCGCCACGCCCGACUCCUCGGCCCCCUCGUCCCCCAAACUGCAGCACGCGGCCACGGAGACCGCCUCGCCCUCCAUCAAGUCCUCCACCUCGUCCUCCGCGGGCACCGAGGCCCCCGAGGGCCCCGCUCCCCCGGCCCCCCACGCCCGGCUGUUCCACGGCAGCGAGGAGGAGGAGCCGGAGAAGAAGGAGGUGUCGGAGCUGCGCUCCGAGCUGUGGGAGAAGGAGAUGAAGCUCACGGACAUCCGCCUGGAAGCGCUCAACUCGGCCCACCAGCUGGACCAGCUGCGGGAGACCAUGCACAACAUGCAGUUGGAGGUGGACCUGCUGAAAGCCGAGAACGACCGGCUGAAGGUGGCCCCGGGACCCUCGGCGGGCUCCGCUCCGGGGCAGGUCCCGGGGUCGUCAGCUCUGCCAUCCCCUCGCCGCUCCCUGGGCCUGGCGCUCACCCAUCCCUUCAGCCCGAGUCUGGCAGACACAGACCUGUCCCCCAUGGACGGCAUCAGCACCUCCGGUCCGAAGGAGGAGGUGACUCUUCGGGUGGUGGUGAGGAUGCCCCCCCAGCACAUCAUCAAAGGGGACCUGAAGCAGCAGGAGUUCUUCCUGGGGUGCAGCAAGGUCAGCGGGAAAGUUGACUGGAAGCUGCUGGAUGACGCCGUCUUCCAGGUGUUCAAGGACUACAUCUCCAAGAUGGACCCAGCCUCAACACUGGGGCUGAGCACCGAGUCCAUCCACGGCUACAGCAUCAGCCACGUGAAACGGCUCCUGGACUCGGACCCCCCGGAGCUGCCCCCCUGCCGCCGGGGCGUCAACAACAUAGCAGUCUCCCUCAAAGGCCUCAAGGAGAAGAGCGUGGACAGCCUGGUGUUCGAGACGCUCAUCCCCAAGCCCAUGAUGCAGCACUACAUCGGCCUCCUGCUCAAGCACCGGCGCCUCGUCCUCUCCGGCCCCAGCGGCACCGGCAAGACCUACCUGACCAACCGGCUGGCUGAGUACCUGGUGGAGCGCUCGGGCCGCGAGGUCUCCGAGGGCAUCGUCAGCACGUUCAACAUGCACCAGCAGUCCUGCAAGGAUCUGCAGCUGUAUCUCUCCAACCUGGCCAACCAGAUAGAUCGUGAAACGGGAACUGGGGACGUCCCCCUGGUGAUCCUGCUGGACGACCUGAGUGAAGCAGGCUCCAUCAGUGAGCUGGUCAACGGGGCCUUGACGUGCAAGUACCACAAAUGUCCCUAUAUCAUCGGCACCACCAACCAGCCGGUAAAGAUGACGCCCAAUCACGGCCUGCACCUGAGCUUCAGGAUGCUGACCUUCUCCAACAACGUGGAGCCCGCCAAUGGCUUCCUGGUCCGCUACCUGAGGAGGAAGCUGCUGGAGUCGGACUGCGACGUCAACGCCAACAGGGAGGAGCUGCUGCGGGUGCUGGACUGGGUGCCCAAGCUGUGGUACCACCUGCACACCUUCCUGGAGAAGCACAGCACCUCAGACUUCCUCAUCGGGCCCUGCUUCUUUCUGUCCUGCCCCGUCGGCAUCGAGGACUUCCGGGCCUGGUUCAUCGACCUGUGGAACAACUCCAUCAUCCCCUACCUGCAGGAAGGGGCCAAGGACGGCGUCAAGGUUCACGGGCAGAAAGCCGCCUGGGAGGACCCCGUGGAGUGGGUCCGGGACACUCUUCCCUGGCCGUCCGCCCAACAAGACCAGUCGAAGCUGUACCACCUGCCUCCGCCCACCGUGGGCCCUCACAGCAUCGCCUCGCCCCCCGAGGACAGGACAGUCAAGGACAGCACCCCCAGCUCCCUGGACUCAGACCCACUGAUGGCCAUGCUGCUGAAACUUCAGGAGGCUGCCAACUACAUCGAAUCACCAGACCGAGAAAGCAUCCUGGACCCCAACCUCCAGGCCGCGCUCUGAGGGCGCAGCAGCCCGUCGCGGGACAGAGGGACGCGGACACCGCCCCGCGCAGCCUCCUCUUCCCCACUUGCUCCCGGGCGCUGGCUCUCCAGCUGCGAGGACAGGAGGGGGGAGGUGGAGGGGGGCGGGUUCCUGGUGCUGCACCUUCAAGAACGCCUGGUGGGACUGCUGGGUGGGCUCGUGUCCCCAGGUACCUUUCCUGGCCUCCUCUCGUGACGUUGGGGAAAAGAUGAUCCUGGGUCUUUUUCCUUGAUGUCUCGUCUCAAUUACAAACUCCCGGGCUUUCUGGGGAGGGGUUCAGGAGACAAGAAACAAGCCUGCAGGAGCUCCUAACUCAUGCUCACAAACAGCUCCGAGACACGGCCUCCCCACCCGCGCGCGGGGGAGUUUGCCGCGGGAGGCAGCGACCCCCAGACCUUCCCGAGGACCCUGCUCAGUUCCAUCACCACUGCCGACAGCUGUCCCCGCCCCCCCAAGAUCUGGCUGCAGCCCAGAAAAAGAAGCAUGUGGUUUAAAAACGUUUCAAUCAAUCUGUAAAAGGUUUAAAAAAAGGGAAAAAAAAAAUAAAGGAAAAGCUGCUGCUGCUACUGGAGGGAGGAAAUCCAGUAGCCGAGGCAGAGAGCGUGCCGCCCGCCCCGCCCUCGGGACCACACUGGGGACGCUGACUGGCUGUGAGCCAGGACGUCGCCAGGCCACAGAGAUGCCGCCACGGCCUUCAGAGGAGCACCGCGGCCCUGUCUCACAGCCUCUGAUCUAACACGCCCGCGUCAAUAAACCCUACAUUUUUUUUUUAUUUUUGUUUUUUGUUUUGUUUCCAUUUUUCCCUCCCAUUUGCUUAUUUAUUCUCCUCUUUUUUUGGUUUGUUUUUUCCCAUGUCCUCCCAUGUCCACGAGAUGCCGUGCUGCUUGUCCAAGUCACCCUUUGGAGAGUCUGAUGCCACCGGCUUGGCAGCAACUCCACACCUGCCGCGCUGCUGCGUCGGGCACCUCGGGGGCUCACGGGGCCAGGAAGCGUUGGCUCAGCAGCGGGACAAGAAGGGACCUCGACAGCCCCGCUGAGAAAGCACACACGCUGCCUGCAGCCCGGCGGCCAGCCUCUGGGGGGAGAGCGGCACGGCCCCAGCCUGACCGCAGGUCUCGUCUGCGCUUCCCCGUGGACGGGAGGAACGCCGGAAACUGGGACUCUCCCUGCCUGGUGGCCUGCGGAGCCCCUCGCUGCCCUCUUCUGCCCGACUGAAUCCAAAACCCUAGCCGCCCUUCACUGUUGGUUUAGAACCAGGGGCUGAUCACUGAGGCGUGGACGUGCACGUGAGGUGCUCCCGAGCCGAACACGAGGAGUCUGAUUUGGUGGCAAAGAGCUGCCUGCCAGAGGGGUCCGCCUUUUGUAGACGUUGCCCUGAAGGUUCUGCAGUCCUAAUUCCUUUACUGGACGAGCACUUAUUGGGCACUUACUGUGUACACGUCACUAGGUUAAAAAAGAAGAAAAAAAAAAAGAUGUGGACCCUUACGUUCACAGCCUAGUAGGAAACGUUAACCUCCAAUAAACACAGACCUCCUUGUUUUCUGGACCUUCAGGAUCACCUGAAAAAUGGAGCCAAAACCCCAGGAGCCAGCCAGAAAGAAGCCCACGACUAGCUGUCCAGUGCACGGGCUUGCCUGAGGAGGCGGCAGUUCCGGGCCUGUAGACCAGGGAUGUGUGUUGAGCCAGGGCCCAGCUGUUUCUUUCCGGAUCCCCAAGUAGCACAAGACCUUACCAGAACCCACAGGCACAGAACCACUAACGGGGCCGCUCUGUCCCACCAAACCAAGGAGUAGCUGCACCUGAAUCUUUGUAUCAGAAGACUUUCAUUUAGGUCCAAAAGGUGGUCCAGGUUGCUCCCUCCAAAAGCUUCUGCGUUCACCUGGUGGUUCCCAGGGAUGACAGGGUUGUCUCUGCUGGAGAUGAUGUCUGCGACACUGCCGGAGCUGUGGAGACCCCAACGCCGCUGGGAAACAUGCAGUUCUGAGUGGGAAGAGGCUGUCUGUCCGAGGAUGGUGCUGACAUCACUGCCUUAAGGUCUCUGCCAUGCAGGAGGCGGCCCCAGAGCUGGGUGUUCUAGCUUGGAAGGACAGGAAGACGCCUGAGUCGGCCUUCUCUGGGCUCUGGCUCUCGUGGCCCCGCCCGGGCUGCAGUCCGUGGCUGGGCUUAGGCUCCCAGCGCCGUCUCCACCCCCGCCCCCGGGGGCUGAGCCUUUCUCUCUGUUCUCGGUGCUGCCCAGCCAGUGCCUUCGGCCAUGGGUGUUACUGGCUACUUGAGAAAAAGGAAAGGGGUGACCCCCUUCCUCCAUUCCAACUGCCUCAGACCCCACUACAGCAAUUCCUGCCUCCCUGGUCGCUGUGGAUACCACCAUGCCGUUCACCUGGCUCCCGGGCAGGCUGGCUCUGGGGGCCUCUGGUUCCGGCAUCUCGUCCCUGCUCCUGGAUCCGCUGUCCUGCUCUCAGCUGGCCGCUGCGUCUGGCCCGGGCCUUCAGCUGCUUGCCUCUGGAAAGUGGGUUUCCACCGGGCGAGGUGGCACUGCCCCUCCGUUUUCCCUCUGGAGCCGGGCCCCUGGCUGUGGGCGUCAGUCAUCCCCCAGGAAUCACGGGGACACGGCGACUGUGGCAGGCCCAGCCUCCUCACGGUGCUAGGACCCUCGCGGCGCUCCUCCAGACCCUUCUGAAGCCGCAGCCCAGGCUCCCCGGCCCCGGGACGCGCGGCAAGUGCGGAUCACAGCAGCCUCUCCUAUCAGUGCCCCUGCUUCGUGGCUGAGACCCCCUGGGACCCCUCAGAAAAGAGAAGCCGGGUCCCAGGGCUAAACUCUCCACUCCCAGCACCUUGAGAAGAGUCCCGCCCCUCCAGCCCCCCACUCCCUUCCUCACCAGAGCCGGCGAGCAGGCCACGUGUUCGGUGCCCACCCCCACUUCAGGGCGGAGGUGCGGCCGUGGGGCCUCCUUUCCCGAUGAAGGAGACCGACGCGUUCUGUCCAGUGUGUUUGUCCUCAGCCCCCGCCUAGGCACGAAAAAUAAAGUACUAGGUAACGGAGGCCAGCAGAGGA